UAUCAAUUUUAUCAAUCUUACAAAGACCUCGAAGGUGCAACGUCUUUCAGUCGCAUUGAAUCCGUCGGUCUAAAUUACUUUAUAUAUUGACAGAUUCAUCUUUUUAUUAAAAAAACCAAUAAUAAUUUUAUUUUCAAAUAAAUUUUAAUUAUCAUCAAAAAUACGAAUCAGUGACAGUGCGAUGUGAUUUAAGCAGUCAAAAACCUUGUCCAAAUUCAAUUAUGGAACAAGGUUCCUCAAGAGAAAUUUACAAUAGUUAAAGAGUAGAAUAUUAAUAAAUUAUUAGUGAAAAAAAAUUAUUGUAUCAAAGAAUCUAAUCAAUUCAACAUUUGAAUCCUGGGAGACGAUCAAUCUACAUAAAUUUCUAUACGGUUAAAAAUCAUUUCUUUGUAAAAAAUUAAAAAAAAAGAAAGAAGAUAAUCCUAAAAAUAUUAUCAAUGCCACUUACAUUUUCGUUGCGGUACGCGUAUCUCGAUUCCGAGAGAGACAACAGGAUGUUACGAACGUCUCCUGAUCUUUAUAUAGUAACCACUUCAUCUACAAGUCAACAAAAUAAAUCCCAAUCAGAAUGUUCAGGUCGUUCCUUGGCGACCCUUCUUAUUGCCUGGGUAAGCGCAGCAUUGGUUGCAUCAGUACUUCUACGAUGGAAAUACAUGUGGAUUGCAUUAGCAGUGCUCACCCUAUUAUUCUUAAUUGCUUGUGGGUAUGCUGCAAGUACUCAUCGAAGAAAUACUGAAAGAAGUACAUCUAGAGAGGAAACUAGAAUCAUUGAUGGCAGAAAUCGAAAUAUUCCAACCGUUUCUGGAGGUGUUGAUAACAAUACAGAUAUUAUUGCACCACCAGCAUAUCAGACAUAUUGGAUUAAUGAUCUACCACCAUCUUACACUGUAGUCAUAGGAACACAACCACCAACCGGAGCUUAUCCUAUGCAUGUAGAAGAACUUUUUACACCAAGGCCAUCAAAUCCUCCACCUUAUUCAGUGGCUACUCAACAUGAUCAUACUCAAUCAUCGUCAGAUACUCAUCAGUUACCAGGGCAGUCAAUUUCUUCAAUUGUAAAUGAAAAUGAUAACAAAGAAAAUGAUAUAACUCGAGAUCAAAAUGUUCUUUCACAUGGUUCUGCUCAAAAUCAGUAUUUCAAUAACUUGAUUAGCACUUCAUGCUUAAGAAGUGAUAAAAGAACUUCAGGAAGAAAUGUUACCAACUCAUCAUCAACAAAUCAAACAAGUUCAUGCAGUGAUGUGAUGCAGAUAUGAUUGUUUAAUCAGUAUAUAAAUUUAUGUAUAUUUUUUUAAAACAUUCUUUGCUUUAAUUGCCUUAAAUUAAGUUAUUGACUAUACAUAUAAAUGUAAUUAUGUAAAAAAAAAAUAAUAAAAUUUAUUUAAAAUACAUAUAUUUGCCUGAGGACUAGUGUAACAACCAUAUCCUGUUGAGUUGACUUUAGACUUGAAGAAAGAGGAGAAAAAUAAGAAUAUAAAAGUUGGGUCAUGCCCGGCGGUAAAGUUUAACCGAGAUUACAACACCAUGUAGCCUAGAGGCUUCAAAGGAUUAAACACGACCUCACAAACAAAAUCUCAAAAUUCCUUGUUAGUCGUGGUAUAUCAUAAAAAAAUGUCACAAGUGUAAUUUGUUUAUUCAUUAAUUAUCACGAUGAUGUCACAAAGAUAUACACUAACCGCUUUGUUCUGGAUGAUUUUGAAUAGUCAUUGAUGUUAUUGUAAACUGGAAAGUUUAAGGAUUAAAAAACUGAUUGCGGAUGUAAUUCUUUAUCGAAUAAAACACUGCCAGCUACCAAUUUAUGUCAAUGUACUGCGUGUGUAAAACAAGCUCAAGGCGCUCUUAGGAAAAUGCAAUAUAACACCACGCCUCUGAUCUAUAAUGCAACAAAUGCACACUACUGUUUUCCAUUUCUUAACAUAAAAAUAUAUAUAUAAACUAUCUCCGCAACUUUUCUGCGUAUAAAUACACUCCAGCUAGUUUCCAGUGUUCAGAGCUACUUAACAUCCCCUAGAAGACAGGUGUAUUUAUUUUUCUUCUGCUAAGUUACAUUGUCUAACAUGCUGAAGAUAAUAUUAUUAGUUACCUUUUUGGCAACUGCCAAUGCUUAUUUGAGCCAUGGACCCACAAUAAUCUCACCACCUAAUUACGGUCACUAUGCUGGGAAUUACGGAGGAUAUAGUCAUUCAGCGGCGGUCCCAGCGGUUCACUCUUACAACCAUGUAACCGCAGUUGCUCCUUAUGCUCAUGCUAAGACAAUAGCACCUGCUCCAAUUGUCAACCCAUACCCUGCAGCCAGCCGACAUGCAAUCAACGCCAACUACCAAUCUGGUUUCGCACAUUCUGGUUACUCUCAUGCAGCAACAGCAUCAUCAUACAUUCCACCACCAGUUAUCUCUCCUCCUACUGUUACUUAUAAUCACAAUGUCAUCCCUCCAUCUGUUCAGACGGUUAAUCAUCCUACUCCAGCAGCAAUUCAUUAUCCUCAUCAAGCCUCUGCUAUUAAUUAUCAUGCUCGUUACUCAGUCCCAUAUUCCCACACCUAUACUCAUGGACCAAUGUACCAAAAUCAUGUUAAUUACGGAUGGUAAUUACUACUGAUGUUUAUAAUAGUCAUUAUUGGUGGUAUAUUUUCAUUUGUAUGGCAACGACUAAUUUAUAUGAAUGACUUGAUUUUAAUUUUUGUCAAAUUUUUAAUUGAUAAUAAUAGUAUUAAGUACGUGGUAUCAUAAAUAAACUACUAAAAAAU